AUGACUUAUUUUCUAAUUGGUGAUUCAAUUACAUUGACAUUAUUGAUUGUACUCAUAUUUAUCUUUGCUUAUUAUGUUUACAAUCUGCGUACAAACAAUAUAUUUCGUCGUCUUGGAAUACCUGGUCCAGCACCAAUUCCAAUACUCGGUGAAAUGUUUAAUGUCAUGCGAAAGGGAUUAUAUGCGAACGACGUCGAUCUUGUUCGAAAAUAUGGGAAAAUCAUUGGAAUCUUCGAUGGAACUACUCCACUUAUUCUUCUCUCUGAUCCAGAUCUUCUUCGAAACGUUCUAAUCAAAGAUUGUAAUGUGUUUAUUAAUCGACGAAACAUGGAUGGUGUUACAGGUAUCAUGGAAUAUGGUCUUACAGGGUUAAGAGAUGAACAAUGGAAAAAUGCUCGAUCCAUCGUUUCACCAGUGUUCUCUACAACAAAACUCAAAGCAAUGUACGGUCUGAUGAAUGAAAUUAGUGAUACGUAUAACAAACGUCUUCUUGAAUAUGCUGAUAAACAAGAUAACGCUCGUCGUUACGACUCGCUUGACCCUCGACUGAACUCUUUCUAUUCAUCUUGGGAAUUAUUGUCAAAUAAUUCGCCGAUGUAUGCGAUGCUACUGAUGCUACAAUAA